CGAGUGAGUUUAUAAUUUAUAUAAUAUAAUAUAUUAUAUUUGAUAUUUGAUAUAUUAUAUACUAUAUAUUAUAUAUGUUGCACCGCACCACUCUUUGUCUCCAUAACAUUCUCCAUGGCCAAUAGGAAGAGGCUAAAAAACUUGACCCAAACUCUGAAAGACAAAGCCUCCGUCAUCGCCGCAGCGCUAUCCACUCACCGCCACGUGUCCUCCAUCCGCGUCCACGUCCUCCGCGCCACCACGCACGCCCUCUCCGCCCCUCCCUCCGAGGACUCCAUCGCCGCCGUCCUCGCCGUCGGCCACGCCUCCCACCGCCACCCCCGCGCAUGCAUCGACGCGCUCAUGGAUCGCCUCCACCGCACGCGCAGCGCCACCGUCGCCCUCAAGUGCCUAUACACGCUCCACAACGUCGUCGUGAAGGGAUCCUUCGUCCUCAAAGACCAACUCUCCAGUUACCCCUCCUACGGCGGCCCCAAUUUUCUCAACCUCUCCACUUUCCGCGACGACUCGGACCUUGAAUCGGUGGAACUCAGUUCGUGGGUUCGGUGGUACGCCGCCGUUUUGGAACACUCUUUGACCGUUUCCAGAGUCUUGGGGUAUUAUUACUUGCAAGAAAAUAAAAAGAAUGAUAAUAUUAAUAAUAAUAAUAAUAAGUGUUUGGUUUGGGCGGCGUCGAACGCUGAUUUGUUGUACAAGUUGGAAGCGUUGGUGGGUUUUGUUGAGGAAAUAAGUCACGUGCCGGAAUCGCUGGAGCUUCAGCGGAAGGAGUUGGUGUACGAGGUGGUGAGAUUGGUGGGUGAGAAUUAUAGGUGCGUGCAGGGUGAGAUUAUCAUACGGUUGGAAGAGGUUGGGGGGAGAGUAAUGGAUGUGGGAGAGUUGAAUGAGAUGUUGGGGUAUUUGGCGAGAUUGGAGGAGAGUCACGAGAAGUUGCUGCUUUUGUUUGUGAAUAGGACAAAGAACAAUGGGUUUUGGGAUUUGGUCGAGAACACCAAACUCAAGGCUAUACACAAGAAGAAGGAGAUCGAAGGGAAGUGGCUCACGGUGGUUACUGGCGGUAACGUGCUCGAGUUCACUCGGUCUACCAACCCGUUUCUUGACCCGGGGCAACUCAGUCCGGUCCCACGGUUAAGUUUCGCAACGGUAAGGUGACAAUUGCCAACGGUCACUUUCACUGAGAAAUUGUCAAAUUACUCAAUUUUUUUUAUUUGUUUGUUGCUUUUGGAGAACCCGCAGUCUGCGCCUUCCAGUUGGAGGCCUGGUGGUAUGCUUUUUCAUAUUUUUUGGUGGAUGUGGGCCUUGUGGGCCUCCAUGUCUGCCGUCGUCUGCAUGAUUAAAGUGGAAAACGGAUAAUUUCAUGUAUAUCAAAAUAAUUAGAGAUUUGUCGAGUCAUGGUUUUUCACCCUUCUUGCGUUCCUCUGUUCUCGCUGUAUUAGGCGAGGCUAGUAUGAAAGCAAAAUUACAACAAUGUAAAUAAACUUCUUAGGCCAACAAUUAGCCUUAGUUCGUCCUCCUGUUGGGUGUUGGCGAGCUUAUAUCCAAUGAUUAAUGCUUAUGAAGGAACCAACCCACAAACUUCUUAA